CUUAUUCUACGUGAUAUUCGUCGGAAACAUCGAGUGACGCGUCGUUACCCAUCUCUGGUUUAUCGUAUUAGAAAAAUCUUUGAGGGCAACCUAUGAGUUUGAACGACGCUUCCAGUGAUUUAUUUCGUGAAAAGGAAUUUCUCCGAGUGGAGAUGGCGCUCGGAUAUAAAUCCGAAUGCAUGGAAGUGCUGCCCCUCUAUACCGAUUGUGUCGAAUUGACUCGUGGCUCGAGUUAGCCGAGUGACGUGUCGCUGCGAUUAUUUGAGGGAGGUUAUGAGGUUUCAAUUUAAUUAUCGAAAAAUACAUUCAACAUGUUAACCAAAUUCGAGACGAAGUCGGCUCGUGUAAAAGGCCUUUCUUUCCACCCUAAACGCCCGUGGGUUCUCGCCAGUUUGCACAAUGGAGUUAUCCAACUGUGGGACUAUCGCAUGUGCACGUUGCUGGACAAAUUCGACGAGCACGAUGGCCCCGUACGAGGUAUCUGCUUCCACAAUCAGCAACCGCUGUUCGUAUCGGGAGGUGACGAUUACAAAAUCAAGGUAUGGAACUACACCCAGCGCAGGUGCAUCUUCACCCUGAUGGGCCACUUGGACUACAUCAGGACCACCAUGUUCCACCACGAGUACCCGUGGAUCCUCUCGGCGUCCGACGACCAGACGAUCCGCAUCUGGAACUGGCAGAGUCGUACCUGCAUCUGCGUGUUAACGGGGCACAAUCACUACGUGAUGUGCGCCCAGUUCCAUCACUCGGAGGACAUCAUCGUCUCGGCGUCCCUGGACCAGACCGUCAGGGUGUGGGACAUCUCAGGGUUGCGCAAGAAGAACGUGGCCCCUGGUCCCGGAGGACUCGAGGACCACCUGAAGAACCCAGGGGCCACCGACCUGUUCGGCCAAGCGGAUGCAGUCGUUAAACACGUGCUCGAAGGUCACGAUCGCGGCGUCAAUUGGGCCUGCUUUCAUCCCAACUUACCUUUGAUAGUCUCGGGUGCCGAUGAUCGACAGAUCAAAAUGUGGCGGAUGAACGACACGAAGGCUUGGGAGGUGGACACCUGCAGAGGCCACUACAACAACGUCUCCUGCGUUCUGUUCCAUCCCAGACAGGAUUUGAUCCUGUCGAACUCCGAGGACAAGAGCAUCAGAGUCUGGGAUACCGCCAAGCGCACCUGCCUGCACACCUUCAGAAGGGAGCAUGAGAGGUUCUGGGUCCUCGCGGCUCAUCCGACCUUGAAUCUAUUCGCUGCCGGCCACGAUACCGGCAUGAUCAUCUUUAAGUUGGAAAGGGAACGACCGGCCUAUGCGGUGUAUGGAAAUUUAUUGUACUACGUGAAGGAGAGGUAUCUGCGGAAGCUGGAUUUUACCACCUCGAAGGAUACCUCGGUCAUGCCCAUCAGAGGAGGUGGCAAGAUUCCUGCUUACAGUCUCUCGUACAAUCAGGCGGAGAACGCCGUGUUGAUCUGCACGAAAUUGCCGUCCAAUAUCGAAAACAGCACGUACGACUUGUACAUGAUCCCUCGAGAUGGGGAUUCCAGCAGCGAUCCCGAGACGAAGAGGGCUUCCGGAGUGACCGCCAUCUGGGUCGCCAGAAACCGCUUCGCCGUGCUCGACAGGGGGUAUUCCCUGGUCAUCAAGAACUUGAAGAACGAGGUCACGAAGAAGGUGCAGAUCCCGAACUGCGACGAGAUAUUCUACGCGGGUACCGGGAUGCUGCUGCUUCGCGACGCGGAUCAGGUAAUUCUCUUCGACGUGCAGCAGAAGAGGACCCUGGCCGAAGUAAAAAUCUCAAAGUGUCGCUACGUGGUCUGGGCAAACGACAUGUCUCACGUGGCUCUGUUGGCGAAGCAUACCGUGAAUAUUUGCAACAGGAAGCUGGAGUCCUUGUGCUCGAUUCACGAGAACACUCGAGUCAAGUCCGGUGCUUGGGACGACUCGGGAGUAUUUAUUUAUACGACCAGCAAUCACAUCAAGUACGCGAUUUAUAACGGAGAUCAUGGAAUUAUUCGCACUCUGGAUCUGCCGAUUUACGUGACCAGAGUGAAGGGAAAUCAGGUGUACUGCCUGGAUAGAGAAUGCAGACCGAGGAUCCUGAGGAUCGACCCCACCGAGUACAAGUUCAAGCUAGCUUUAAUCAACAGAAAGUACGAGGAGGUCUUGCACAUGGUUCGCACCGCAAACCUCGUGGGUCAGUCGAUCAUCGCUUAUUUGCAGCAGAAAGGCUAUCCCGAGGUCGCUCUGCACUUUGUCAAGGACGAGAAGACGAGAUUCGGACUCGCUUUGGAGUGCGGCAACAUCGAAGUCGCCCUGGAAGCCGCGAGAACUUUGGAUCAGAAAGCUUGCUGGGAGAGCUUGGCUCAGGCCGCGCUUUUACAGGGAAAUCAUCAGGUUGUCGAGAUGUGCUAUCAGAGGACGAAGAACUUUGAAAAACUGGCAUUCCUGUAUCUGAUCACAGGCAACCUAGACAAGCUACGCAAGAUGACGAAGAUCGCCGAAAUUCGGAAAGACGUCUCCGGACAGUACCAAGGAAGUUUACUUUUAGGAGAUAUUUAUGAACGAGCGAAAAUCCUGCGGAACUCUGGUCAGACGUCGUUGGCGUAUGUAACCGAAAAGAUCCAUGGCAUCUCCAAUGAGGAUGACGAUUCGCAAUAUGAAUCUAUGAAGGAUGAACUGUCCGAUCUUGAAAAGGGAGCGAUGUACUUGAGACCACCUGUCCCGGUUCAACAGGCAGAGAACAAUUGGCCAUUGCUGACGGUAUCGAAGGGCUUCUUCGAAGGUGCUAUGAUGUCCAGAGGCAAGAGUCAGGUCGCUGCAGCUCUGGCACCGGAGGAGGACACGGGUCCUGUCGAAGGCUGGGGUAACGAAGACGAGCUAGGAUUAGAUGACGAAGAAGGUGGCGAAGCACAGCCAGAAGUCGAAGGUGAGGAAAAUCCUGGUUGGGACGUGGAAGACCUGGAUCUACCUCCAGAAUUGGAGUCCAAUGUUGUUGCUACGGAAGAUGGAUAUUACUCUCCUCCGACGAAAGGAAUCCCAGCGACUCAACAUUGGAUCAACAAUUCCCAGCUAGCUGUCGAUCAUGUAUUAGCUGGUUCCUUUGAAUCAGCUUUCGCCUUACUCAGUGAUCAAGUUGGCAUUGUCGAGUUCAGUGCUUACGAAUCGCUGUUCCUGAACACGUACGCUCGUUCGCGCACGUCAUUCGCGUGUCUUCCAAACAUUCCAUCGCUUUAUGCGUUUCCACAGAGAAAUUGGAAAGAUGCAACGCCGAAAACCGGACUACCAGCUGUAGGACUGCGUUUGACAGAUUUGGUGCAAAGACUGCAAGUGUGCUACCAACUUACUACUGGUGGAAAGUUCGGAGAAGCGAUAGAAAAAUUGCAAGCGAUCCUAUUAAGCGUGCCCUUGUUAGUUGUCGAUACUAGACAAGACAUUGCCGAAGCCACACAGCUGAUUCAAAUCUGUCGAGAGUAUAUACUAGGAUUGAAAAUGGAAACGCAACGAAAGAAUCUACCCAAGACUACGUUGGCUGAACAAAAGAGAGUUUGCGAGAUGGCUGCAUAUUUCACUCAUUGCAAUCUUCAACCGGUGCAUCAAAUACUCACCUUGAGGACCGCGGUCAAUAUGUUCUUUAAGUUGAAAAAUUAUAAAAUGGCAUCGUCAUUUGCAAGGAGACUUUUAGAAUUGGGACCUAGAGCGGAAGUAGCACAACAAGUGAGAAAAAUCUUACAGGCAUGCGAUAAAAACCCAGUCGACGAACAUCAACUCGCAUACGACGAGCACAAUCCUUUCUCAUUGUGCGCCAGCACUUACACGCCAAUUUACAGAGGGAAACCAGAAGUCAAAUGUCCACUUUGCGGAGCUAAAUAUCAACCACGAUUUAAAGAUACCGUUUGUACCGUAUGCGAAGUGGCAUUAGUUGGAAAGGAAUGCGUCGGUUUACGAAUAAGCUUAUUGCAAUUUCGAUAAUUGAUUUCUUUUAUUGGUGGAAACUGAUUAAGUCCAUUUGAUGUUAUGGCUAAAAAAAAUCAGCAUUAACAGAUUAAGCGUAUUAGUUGGUAUAAAAGUCAGUGUUAAUAAAUUAGCAAUGUAGGUACGUCAGGCGCUUAUCCUAUCGGAAUAUAAAUACGUUUAAUGAUUUUUAUGCUAUUUGUAAAAUGAAGUAAAAACUAUGAGUUAUUUUUGUAUAACUUCUCCUUAACGAUAAGAUGUGUUAACGCAAAAAAUGCAGAAGACUUCUGUAUUCUUUGCUUAACGUUAGAAAUUAAAACGAUUUAAAGUUACGCCCA